AGUGAGCGUUACAGCCUCUGCGGCUAUUGUCAUUGGCUGACACGCCCGUGACGUAGUGGGUUGAAAGGUGAACGGGAGUCGUCCAUUUGCCUCGCAGCUCCUCGCCUCACGUCAAUGCGGGCACGGCCGCUAUCGGAUAAAGUAGCUUAAAAAUUUUUCCAGGGUGUCAAUCAUGCAGUGGUGCGACAAUGAUUACUUUCAAAAAGUUGGAGAAGACUUUGUGCAGUGGUACUACAACCAAUUUGACAACACCAACAGGAUGGAACUGGUGAACCUUUACGCUGAAGGUGCCACUCUCACGUGGGAAGGAACCCUCUUCAGUGGGAGGGAAGCCAUUGCCGGGAAACUGACCGGGAUGCCGUUCCAGCAGAUUAAGCACAUCAUCACAGACCACGACAUCCAGCCCACAUUAGACAAAAGCAUCCUCGUGAUGGUCUUUGGACAGUUAAAGGCCGACAACGACCUGCCGCUGGCGUUCCACCAAGUGUUCAUGCUGAAGCCGCUGAACGGCAACUGGGUGUGCACGAACGACGUGUUCCGCCUGGGCGUGCACAACAUCCCCGUGGAGGCGCAGUAGCGGACGAGCCUUCGCGCCCCCCCCCCCCCCUCCACAACGCUUGUUCAUCCCACCCUCUUCGAAGAGUAAACAAAAACAAAAAUAAUUUUUCAGACUACUGAAGUCCCACGUGUGUUUUUUUUUUUUUUUUUUUGGACAUUUACAAUCAAGUUGUUCAACCGCAAAGAAAGGUUUUACAGGUAUUUUAUUUUGAAAAAAAAAAAAAAAAACUACCAGUGUUACGUUGUACUUCAUAUGAUUCUACUUUGGACAAUCUCUCAAGGGGAAGUUUAACAAAUUUUUCAUAAUUUUCACUGUUGCGUAUGUCAGACCGUCACACUGGACCAGUGAUUGACAGCAUUCACUGACAAAAAAUAAAAUGUAUAAAUAUAUACACACACACACACCUUUGGCAUAAAUGUUCACAACCCAAAAUAACCUGCUGCAUGUUUAGACAUUUUAAAAAGAAAUAAUUUGAAAAUGGUAUAAAUAUAUGAGGAAAAUAAUAAAUUUAUGCCAAAGAAUA